AUGCCAGGAACAGGAGAGAAUCUACUCAGUAAGAUGGGCUACAAUCUGGGUCCCACAUUAGGGGAGGGCAGCUUCUCUAAGGUAAAAGCAGCCACUUCCAGCAAAUACAAGGGUCCCUUAGCCAUUAAGGUGUUGGACCAGCAACAAGUAUCCCAAAAGAUCAGAUACAAGUUUCUGCCCCGGGAGCUCUCCAUCAUGCGCAAGAUCCGGCACCCCAACAUUGUGCACAUCUUUGAGAUCAUCCAGGUCUGCAAUGUGAAGGUCUACAUCGUGAUGGAGGCCAUGGACACUACCCUGCUGCAGCUGGUGAAGCAGCAGGGAAAGCUGUCCUGCAUCCCCGAAGCCAGGGACAUAUUUGUGCAGGUUGUGAGGGCUGUGAGCUACUUGCACGACCGCAACUUGGUGCACCGCGAUCUUAAGUGUGAGAAUGUGCUGCUCACUGCUGACAGCCACCGGGUCAAGAUCAGUGACUUUGGUUUUAGUAAGGAAGUCAAUAGCUCCCCAGACCUGAGCGCCACGUUCUGUGGGACUGUAGCCUACACUCCCCCAGAGGUGCUGAUGAACAUCCCCUAUGACGCCAAGAAGUUCGACAUGUGGAGCUUGGGGGUGAUGCUGUACGUGAUGGUGGUUGGCUGCAUUCCGUUUGAUGAUGACGAUGUCCUCAGCAUGCCCCAGCGGCAGAAGAAAGGGGCACUGUACCCAGAGGGGAUGCCCGCACUGCCAGAGCCCUGCCAAACCCUCAUCACCCAACUACUCCAGUUCAGCCCGGCCGCACGGCCUGAGGCAUGGCAGGUGGCCAAGCACCGCUGGCUGAAUGGAGACACCUGA